AUGGCACUCCUACCGGUUCAAACACUGAUCGCGCUGCUAGUUCUGCGAGCUACCGGAACGCAACUCGACCCUCAUCCAUCCAACCCGAACCAGCUGACGCUACUGCCGGAGCUCAUAUCCGGCGUGCUAAUGCGCUACUUUCGACAUCCCUACCAACCAGUACACUUCUAUCUGGCGGCCAACAGUGUGGUCCACAAGAUUGAGCAGUGGGACGUGCUGAACCUGGUGUUGCGCUACACGAGCGGACAGUGCACGGUGACGUUUGCGAACGUGGAGGACAACGCGGAACCGCUGGUGCGACAGCGGCGAAAACACGCCAUCUUGCUCGGUGAGGAUGUCGAUGCUUUUGAGCAACUGCUGGCGAACUUCAGCACCACAGUGAACGAUUACUCCGGCCGGUAUCUGCUCGUACUGACCAGCACCAUCAAUCUGCAGCAGCAGCACACCGAGUGGAACCGCUUGUUCGGUCUGCUCUGGUCCCGACAUAUUGUACAUGUGAACGUACUGCUGGUGACGGUGAACGCACGAGUGCAGGUGUACACCUACGACCCAUACUCACCGAACCAUUGUGGACAGCCGUUGGUGAAGCUAGUGAUGGAUUUCGCGUACAGUGGUGGAGCCGGCGGCCGCGCCAGUUACAACGAUAUCCGACGGCAGCGCAAUCUCUACCCACGGCGACGACUUACCAGCCUGUACAACUGUACCCUGCAGGUCGGAACGUUCGAGGCGAAACCAUACACCUUUCUCGAGCGCAAAGCGGAUGGUUACUCGGAGCUGGGCGGCUUUGAGGGUGAUAUGCUACGGUUGCUGGCCCAUCGGUUGCAGUUUCGGGUGAACGUGACGGAACCAUCGCAACAGAUGCAGUGGGGCGUAAUCGGACCACCGGGCAACAGUACCGGCACGAUGCAGCUGGUACAGGACGAACUCGUCGACCUGGUGAUCGCGUGCAUGGCGCUGGACGUGACGCGCGCUAUGUACCUGAAGCCGGGCUGGACACACUACACGUCCCGCAUCUUGUUCGCCGUGCCGCAGGGCCGCCCGUACAGUGCGUUCGAGAAGCUGUUCCGCCCGUUCCGGAACUACAUCUGGACCGCGCUCGGUGCAAUGUUGGGCGGUGUGAUGAUGGUCGUCGCGGUGCUUAGCUGCGGUAAGCGGGCGCGCUCGUGGCGUAGCAUUGUGUACGGAUCAUCCGUGCGGAUGCCCCUGCUCGGGGCACUGUAUUUGUUGUGGGGUGGAACCGUAGUGACGGUACCGAGGCGGAGCUUUGCCCGUUCGCUGUUGGUACUGUGGCUUGGUUUUACGUUUGUGCUGCGCACCCUUUAUCAGGGUUCGCUGUAUUUGUAUUUGCAGCGCAGCGCUACCUAUCCACCGCUUGCGACGAUCGAAGAGGUACAUCGCUCGAUGCUGCGGUACCACAUGGUAAAUAUUGCGAUGCGCUUCUUUGUCGAUCGACCGGAAAUUAAGCGGCGUACCUGCUUCAUACCACCCGGGUUGGAUACGCUGGGGGAGCAGGUUGCCGGUAUGGCGACCCGUAGCGACCGUGUUGUUGUCUGCCCCCAGGACAUGGUGGCGUACAACAACAAGCUAAACCGGGCGCUAGGCCAUGGGCAAUCCGUGCAGGUGACGCGCGAAUCCAUCACACUGUUUCCGCUUACCAUUUACUAUCCGAAAAAGUCCUUCCUCACGCAGCUGUUCGAUCGCGAGGUGCGGCACAUCGUGCAGAGUGGGCUGAUGGAUUUCUGGGUUCGCAAUUACGGUGACUAUGGUUUUGAGACAAAUCGCCGAGAGCCCCAAAAUUCGGGCGAACCGCACAAGUUUACCGUGCAGCAUCUCAUCGGCGCUUACCAGUUGCUGAUUGGCAGCUAUCUGCUUGCAACGGUGGUUUUUCUACUCGAGCAAGUCUCGGUACGUUCGCCGCAGUUACAGCGUGUGUUAGAAUUUUGUAUGGAUUAG